AUGACCAUGGAGAAUUGCGCGGCACUAAUCGUUCAGGACCAGAAGUACUGUUACUUCCGGAAAGCAGUGCACUUUUGGGCGCAACAGGCACUGCUGCCUGCUGUUGUGGCCGUGGGCGUGGUGGGUAACAUGCUUUCCGUGGUCGUACUUACCAGAGAACCGAUGAAGAGCUCCACCAGCACGUAUCUGACUGCUCUGGCUGUAUCCGACUUGUUCUAUUUGCUGUUUGUGUUUACCAUAUCUUUUGAGAACUAUCCGUGGAUCGUCGAGGCCGAUUACUACAUUUAUUGGAAAUGGUAUCCUUACGGGCUGUGGCUUACCGACGCUGCUAGUAACACGUCGGUGCUGUUGACGGUAUCGUUCACCGUCGAGCGGUACAUAGCCGUGUGCCAUCCUCUGCGCGGCCGCGUGCUGUGCACCGAGUCCCGGGCCAAGCGCGUCAUCCUGAUGGUGGCGCUAUUCUGCAUCCUGUGCACGGCCACCACGCCGCACGAGUGGCACAUAGCCAUCAACGCGGCCACCGGCAAGUUCCAGAAGAGCAGCACGGAACUGGGCCGGAACGACAUCUACAAGAAGGCGUACAACUGGUUUUGCAUCGUAACGUUCAUAUGCGUACCGCUGCUUGUGCUGGCCGUGCUCAACUGGUUUCUGAUCAACGCGGUCAACCAGAGCCGCCGGAACCGGACUCGGCUCACGUGCCAGGUAAGCCAGUAUAGUGCUGCAGUGGCCCACCCGCUGUCUUGUACGAAGUUGGGCCUGUACGGUGUCGCGCGUGGUCGUCGUAUAUGCGCGCGAGUCUGUAAAACAUGA